AAUCAAUCGAUGCUUUUAAAACUACAUCUGAUUCGUAGGAAUUGUUUGCUUGAAUCCAUGAUAUACAAUAGAAUGGCAGUCAGGAUAUGCCUGGUAAUGGAAAGUAUUGGAGACGUUAAAACUGAAUAUUAAAGAUGACCUGCUUCAUUUCCCGAGCAGUUUUGACGUUAAUAACCUGUCUUCAACUAUCAGACAUUUGCGCUGAUGCGUUUACGUACCAUGUCGCCUUCUUGGGAACUGGUAUGUACAAGCUACAAGAUACCUUUGCGCGAAUUACCUUCUCUGUGGAGGGAGGUAUGUACACUGUGCCGAUGCUGACGACAGCUGUUGGGUCCUGUAGUCCGGUGGACCAUUACAACGAACACGCUGACACAAACCAUAUAUACAGCUUCACCAACAGCUCUGGAUGCAUCGAACUCCUCCCGUCUGGCGUCGGUAUUUUCCGAAGCGCAGUAAAGGUGGAGCUUGAUAACGCGGCCUUGGGAACGACGGUUCACGUUGUUGAUGAUUCUACGUAUAUCGAUGAUCGGGCGUAUUUGGCAAUCCCGGAUGAAUACCUCGGUACGGACUAUUACGUCGUCACCUAUUGUGCGUUUGAUGGUAUAUGCCAGUUUGCGAUUACACCCGUUGAGAACAAUACCCUUGUGACUGUGGUUUUCCCCAAAGACCUCGUUGGUGUUGUUAAUUGCGAUUCGCUAAAUGUUUCCGCCGGUGAGCCCCUUGUCUUUCUUUUGGACGAGUUUGACGUCCUCCAUUUCGAGAGCGUUUCCGACUUUAGCGGCACACACGUACAGUCAGACAAAAACGUGGGCGUGGUAGUCGGCGCCCGCAACAUAAGCACAGGCUUUAUGGACAUAUACGGGAGCAUGAUGGAGCAGAUAACGCCGGUCAACAGAUGGGGAAAGAAUUUUGUUGUUGCACCCAACCCAGCUAACGAUGCUGGUGACUUCGUCAAGAUUGUUACUAAAGCAGACAACACUAAGGUACAGAUAACGGGCUAUUCCCCGUUCAUUGUGGCACAGGCGGGUUCGGCCGUAGAGUGGCGAAUUGACUGGGGUAUGAACAGUUUAAUUGAGGUGAGCCUUCCAGUGAUGGUUAUACAGAUAAUGUCUGUCAAUCUGUACAACGAUACAGCUGACGUCAUGGGGACACCUAGCAUGUUGCUUGUCCCGUCGCUGUCUCAGUGGACGUACAACACAGUGGUUAAUCCAUGUAAUUCAACAGCUACAGUUGUGUCGUCAUCAUAUUAUGACGUCAUACCAUCAGCUUCAGAAAAUGAGACAAUCGAUUUAGUAGAAGCCACCAACAUAACCAUUAAGUCAUUUCCUAAUACAAACGCUAAGACGUUUGUUACUAUUUUGGGCAGUUUUACGACGUACGCUGUGUGUGGGGAAACGUCAGCGUUUCCGCUCGACGUCGAUUGGAUGGCGGAAAGCGAGGACUGUGGAACAAGUGUCUCUUUCCCAGGGGACGGAGUGGACAAUGACUGUGACGGGCAGACGGACGAGGAUGUGUGCACAGCGGCUGGUCUAGGGAUUCAAUUUAAUGCAGAAAACAACUUUACAACUGGUAAACAGACGACACGGACGAUACACGUGCAAGGCGCUUCCUACUUCCCGUAUACAGUCAGCACGUGCAGCAGUGUGGCGCAUCUCACUUUUCUAACGGAAAGUCAGGAUAUAUACACUUCCAUACAGGUAUUAGACGAUGACGUUUUAGUGACGAGCUGUGAUCCCGAGUGCUUUCUCGUCUUAAAUGUUUCGGACACGCGCGGCGUCACGUGCGCACCACGCACCUUCAUUCUGGAGCAGGUGCACGAUGACGUCACCAAAACAACGUUCAACAAACUGACGUUGCCAGGUCUCACUUCGAAGAACUGGACGAGUCUAACCAACCUGUACUACAACGACCUUAUACUGUCUUCCCUUGUGGGACAGUCCAACUUCACACUUCAAUUUAGUGAUAAAGAUUGUGGGAAGAUCUAUAGCGGUGCUGGAGUACCAAACAAUUUUGGAACUGAAUUCAUUAUUCCAACAUCCCCUGACUUUGAUUUGUAUAUAACAUCCGGUACGAAUGGGGCAACGGUCUCGUACGGCAAUGGCAGCCUCGUCAUAGCUCCAACAAGCACGAAGACUUUAUGCAGAGCUGAGGUCGAAAAUUCCAUCAAUGCGAAUGAACAGUUAUACAUAACGUCAACAUUCGAGGUGUCGGUGUACAUGGUAGAGCAUGCAGAAACACCAGCUACAGCCUACAGGAUACUACCAAAUGACAUACUGGGACCUUCCUAUCUUAUCUUUCCGGGAACGAUGUGCUACGUCCACGCAUUCAUGGCACCAGUGAAUAUGGAUCAUCUAAAUAUACACAUUUCAUUUCAAAAUUACCAAAUGGGUGAGUAG